AACCCAUGCAUGCUUCCUUAUAGGGUCUUUUGGUUUCGAUGCAAGACUGUCGACCAGAGAGCAGAGAAAUAGCUGGGAGAAGGCCAUGCAGACCCUCAUUCUCCCUGAGCUGGAGCAUCUGGAGAAAGCCCUGCUGACAGUGACAACCCUCAUCAGCCAAGAUGAGCGGAUCAGCUCCAACCCUGUGGCCAGAAUCGUGUACGGUGACCCGACGGCCUUCCUGCAUCAGCUGCCCCAGAAGAGUGUGGUCCACUGCUCUAAGAUGUGGACCUGCAGGAGGAGGGUCACCGUGGAGUACCUCCAGCACGUGGUAGAGCAGAAGAAUGCGCAGGAAGCCGUGCCCAUCCUCUGGAAGUUCCUGCGGAAGGAGGCGGAGCUGAGACUCGUGAGAUUCUUGCCUGAGAUUUUGGCUCUGCAGAGGGAUCUCGUGAAGCGGUUCCAGAACGUUUCAGAAGCUGAAUACCAAUCCAUCCGCUCUUUCAUGAGCAGCCACCACGAAGACGGGUUGAAGCACUUACUCCACAGAAGAGUUGGUAUUUUUCUGUCGACAUGGAAUAAGCUGAGGAGGUCACUUCAGACCAAUGGUGAAGUCAAGCUGCCGGAAGACUACUGCGCCGCCGACCUGGACAUGGACGCUGAUUUCGAGGUCAUGCUGCCUCGUCGCCGUGGCCAGGGCCUCUGUUCCACCGCCUUGGUCAGCUACUUGAUCAGCCUGCACAAUGAAAUAGUCUGCACCGUGGAGAAGUUCUCCAGCGGAGGCAGCAGCUAUUCCGUCGAUGCCUCCGAGAUCACAGACCUGCACGUCAUCAGUUACGAGGCCGAGCGGGACCUGAUGCCGCUGAUUCUGUCCAACUGCCAGUAUCAGGUGGAGCAAGACCGGGAGACCCUGCAGGAGUUCGACCUGGAGAAGAUCCAGCGCCAGGUCACCAGCCGCUUCCUGCACGGCAAACCCAGGCUCACCCUCAAGGGAAUACCCACUCUGGUGUACAGACGGGACUGGAACUAUGAACAUCUCUUUACGGACAUCAGGAACAAACUGCCACAGAAACCCCUCCCCAACACAGCCAUCAGCGCCAUUUGCGGGCAGCUGCUGUCCUUCAGCGAUGCGUGCGAAGCUCUGUCCGUCAUCGAAGUCACUCUGGGGUUUCUGAGCACGGCCGGUGGCGAUCCGAACAUGUCCUUGAACGUGUACGUCCAAGACGUGCUGCACAUGGGCGACCAGACAGCCCUGGUUCUAACGGUCUUCAGCAGAUGCCAGCUGAAGCACACAAUUGCCCUCUGGCAACUCCUGUCAGCCCACAGGUCGGAACAGCUGCUCCGACUGCGUAAGGAGCCCUUCAGGGAUAUCAGUGCCCAGUACAAAGUAGGUCUCAGCUCAGAAAAUGCUAAGUGCCUCAGCGCUUUCCUGAAUCAGACGGACCUUGACUCCUUCCUCCUGGAGCUUCAUGAAAUGAUGAUCUUGAAACUGAAGAGCCCCCAGGCCAAGGACAUCUUCAAACCUGAGUGGACCCUGAGAGACACUCUGGCAAGUUACAUGGAAACCAAAAACAGUGAAAUUCUUCCUGAACUGGAAUUCCAGUUCCCAGAGAAGAUACUGUUGUGCAAUUGUGUCCCCGUGUGGAGCCUGGCUGCUGAGCUGAAGCGGGGUCGGCAAGGGAGGUAGAGUCUGCUCUGCCCGCCUCAGCCACCGCCCCAGCUGGGGCUUCCUGGGGGGCUGCAGGACCCCGUGUGCUGUGCCACGAACAGCCGGGCGUGCCACGCGGCUUCAGGAGAUGUGCACGUUCCACAUCUUUCUCGUCAGAUUGUGAGUGCUGUCCAGGGGGAGGGGAUAACUGGAGACGCCGUGAAACCAGAACCAACCACCUUUCCAUUCCCGGGGGGACCAAACACGUGCUCCUCAGCUUCCCAUGACAGCGGUGGACGGUGCCUUCAGCUCGCCAGCUGGAGACUGGAACGCACUCACCCUGGCCCCUCUCUCUCCAGAACGAGGGAGGGGAAACGGGGCUAUUGAUUUUGCUUCUGCUUUCCUUCUCAUUUAUUCUGCACUCAUAGAGGAGAAUCCGGCUUGUUUCUUCCUUCCAAUCCUUUCAGUCCUGCGUAUUGUACACAUAUUUGUAGGUUUCCAUGAAGGCCUGAGAAAGUGCCAGACCCUUUUUUGUCUCCUCCCAAAUACAAGUCAGCAUGUUCUGUGAAUGCCUUGAGGCCAAAUCUCCCAGCUCUCACGUGGCCCCCCGGAGUUUCACGGGUAGAGCUUUCCUCGUUGACACAAUCAAGAGACUGGCAUGAUGGCCAGAUUUGCUUCUGAUUCUUGGGGUUUUAAAUUCUAAAUGAAAGUUUAUCAAUUAACCUUGGAUCAAAGGCAGGGUUCUGGCAUUUUCCUGCGAACUUUUGGACUGUCCAGCAUCAUGAUAAAUAAACGUGUGGUCUUGAUGUGACCUCGAUGUCCCUGACGUGUGACUAUGUCGUUCUUCCUCUGGAUCUCGGCCAUGCCAUAAAAACAGACUCAGAGAGAAUACAGAACCAGCUAAGUUUCUGAAAAAGGAAAAGAACAGUCGACCCGCUCUGGUGGUGUACCUCUUCUCUUACUGGGAGGUUGUGCCUCUUUUGCACAAUGCCCUCGGAUACUUGUGGCCUCUGGACUGGCUCCUGCUCCCAGGGGGCUCAACACCCAUUGGCACGGAGAUGCCUACUGUUCACAAGUCAGAGGCGGGUAUCUUCAGUGUACAUUCCGAAUGAGUGAACGACUCAGUCAACUUGAAAUCAGGCCCUCGGGGUGAGAGCUACAGGAACAGAAAAUGUUUCCAGGACCGUUGUCACCCUGUGGCCGCAGUGGAGGGAGCUGCAGGCGGAAGAAGCCGCCCCCCCACUCUCUUCCGUGUCUGACGAAGGGGGGCACGGUAAUCCAGACCCCUCAGCGAUUAACCCGAUACAACCACCAUGUGCACUUAGUAACCUGGGAUUGUUCCGUCAUUGUAGACUAUGCAAAAAAUCCGCCUGGAUUGCCCGUUUAAUGGAGGAGGACCUUGUUCAACUCCUCGACUUGCACUUGGAAUUCCUUUGAUACCUCCAAGCUGGGACAGAGCCGGUGUGGCCACCAGGUGCUGCUCUGGGUCCUCACUGUGCCACACCUUCGCGGGGGGAGUCAGGUGUCAGUCUUGUGCUGCGAAACUUUUUUUUGGCUGGGAACUUUUCCCCCCCACUUUUAUGAAAGGUUUUUUAAUGAAGGUAUUUUGUUUUGUAUGGUACGCUUUGAAAGCCUUAACUGUCCUAUCUAGCAUUAUCUGGCCUAGCACAGGCAAAUGUAAAUUUUACUAUGCUUGUGAUAUUUGUUUUAAUAAACUUGAGUUUUGCUGCUAAAGAGUC